AUGGACGUGCAUCUUGUGAUGCUGCAGUUUGCAGCCGCAACAGAAGAGCAGAGAGACGAGCUCAUCCUGCAGCGACCUCAAGAUCCGAGCUUGACGGACACUUUGGGUAGAACACCUCUGGGCAUGACGUCGGAUGGCGAGAUAGCACGCUUGCUCGUGGAAGCCGGAUCAGAGCGGAACCUAGCCGAUGACAUCGGCGAAACUGCCUUGAUCAGCGCGGCACGCGAAGGCCGGACGGAGGUCGCGCGUGCGCUGCUGGAGUUCGGAGCUUCCACAGAUUUGUCGGAUGAUGACGGCUGGACGGCUCUGACAGUUGCGUCGGUUCAAGGCCACCUGGAUGUGGUCCGUUUGCUCCUCGAGGCGGAGGCGGAGCUCGACCUGGCGGCCGACCUGGAGUGGACGGCACUUCUCACAGCAGCAAGGCGAGGCUAUGGCAGCUUGCUCUACGCUCUGAUGGCUUCAGCGGAGUUCUAUGACAAUCGUGGAUGUCUCGGGUGGACCGCCUUGAUAGGUGCUUCGCGUCGAGGUCACAGUGAGGUGGUCGGAUUGCUGCUGGCAGCAGGGGCCGACAAGGAUUUGGCAGACAGUCGCGGCAAAACUGCGCUGGCGAGUGCCGCGAGAAGAGGGGACGUCAUGAUGGUGUGGCAGCUGUUGCGGGCUGGGGCGGACAUGAAUCUCGCCGACGACGAUGGCAGAACACCUGUUCAUGCUGUCCUUCAUUCCCACGAAGAGAUGGCUCAGUUCCAGCGUUCCAAAGAUAAUGGCCUAAUCUCACGCGGCUUUCAGAUAAUCUUGGAAGUUCUGUUGGAGGGAGGAGCCGAGAAGAACAUGGCUGACAACUUUGGGCGAACGCCUUUGCAUGUGGCAGCAAGACAAGGAAACCUUGCUCUUUUGCGCUUGAUCCUGAAAGCGAGAGCUGACCCUGACCUGGGUGACGACAAUCACCGCACCGCACUUCAUGCAGCUUCCGAUCUUGGCCUUGACAGUAAUGUGCGCCUCCUCUUGGAGGCCUUCGCCGACAGUAGCCUCGUUGACCGUGCCGGGAGCACGGCUCUUUCGUUGGCUUCAGCGAAAGGUUACAGGGAAGUGGUCCAAGUUCUGUCGGACCCUUCCUGGGAGUACGAUGGCUCCGAGGAUCCCCAGCCCAUCGCCGUGGAUACGGCUCUGCACAUCAGACAGGAGCAGAAGCGCUCUGGGGAGCGACGGAAGUGCAAGUGGUGCCUGAAGUAUAAGCCUGAUCGCACCCAUCACUGUCGGGUUUGCCGAAUGUGCAUCCUGAAGAUGGACCAUCAUUGCCCCUGGAUCUACAACUGUGUGGGCUUCAGGAACUACAAAUACUUCUUCCUGCUCCUCGUGUACACCAACAUAGACUGCGUUCUCGUUGUCUCGACCAUGCUUCCAUCUGUGAGGGCCGGCACACAGCCGACAACUCCCUUUAUGACGAUGUUUCUCUUGAUCUUCGGAGAGACCUUGGCAGGAUUCCUCUGCGUCCUAGUCACAAUGUUUUUGGGCUUCCACAUCUACUUGAUGCUGCAGGCGAUGACCACCAUCGAAUUCUGCGAGAAGUCAACCCGAGGCGGUUUCCGCGCAUCCAUCUACGACCGAGGUUUCGUCGGCAACAUCUGCGCUGUUCUCGGAGACAAUCCGCUUCUGUGGAUGCUGCCGAUGGCCCCGCCCAAGGGGCGUGGUCUCACCUUCGUGACGGAAGAUACGCGACUCACGCAGGACAUGGAAGCAGGACGUGGCCUCCGACGGAGGGCGCAUGAAGCCAAGGAGGCCGCCCACAUCGCCCCGAAGCGUCGCACGGACAGGCCCUUCAGCACCGGUGGCACAGGCUCAACGGGACAGUCCGAAGAGGAUUCGCAAUCGGGAUCCGGAUCAGAAGAGGUACCCAGGGCUGUUGCCGACGUCGGCUCCAGCCGCGAUCGUCCGGCCCGUGCCAGUGCACCCGAGACCGGCAGCUAUGGUGCAACCGCCGUCGGAGAGACCGGCGCGCCUGCUGACGUUGUGGCCGCCAGCAGCGGAGGCACCUCGCCGUUGCUCUCGCCGACAGGAGGAGACAAAACUUCGUCGUGA